ACUAAUCAACCUGUUUGCUGACAAGUGCAGCAGCUCGGCGCGCAAUUUGGGACUUCUCUCCACUCUUGAGUCUAGAGACGUCUCUGCUGGAUUUGAGUCUGAACCUCCACCUGCUGGAUUUCAUCGCGUUAUCCAGCGAUCGCCUGCUUCCUCACUGCUGUGUCCUCUGCUGUGCGACAGGCAGAGACAGAGAGGACCUGUGGACUGACAGCCCACUCACUCCUGCGCCGCUCUUCUAUCCGGGGAAGCCCCUCCACGCGUUGCGCGCCUGGAUCGCCGGCAGCCCAUAUAGGAUACCUUCGCGGCGUGGAGUGCGGGUGCAUGUGCGUCGGGGUCUAAAUGUGUAAGUUCGCGCACGGCAAAGCUCCGGGCUCCGUCCUCAACAGUUGCCACCGGAGCGGAGGAGAGGAGCGGAGGAGAGCGAGGGAGACAGCGGACUGAGGACGGACGGACGGAGCCCCUCUGCACGCCGCUUCUGCCCGGCUCUGCUCCUGACAUGCAGUCGAUCAUCUCUCCGGUGACAAAGGCCAUCCUCGUCGCGCUCUUCAUCUUCGCCAUACUCCUCAUCCUCUAUGUGAUCCUCUGGUACAUCUGCAGGGACGUGGACUGCGACCACGGCAUCUGAGGACUCCGUUAAAAAAAAAAACGGGAAUAACGGGGAUUUCGCGAUGGGGCGCGCAGAGGAGCCCAGGGUCAUCCCUGAUGCCCAGACAAGAUGGCAAGGUUGCCAUAGUGACAGGUGGGGGCAGGGGAAUCGGCUAUGAGGUAGUCCGCCACAUGGCCAGACUGGGCGUGCACGUUAUCAUAGGUGGGAGGGAUGAGCGUGAGGGCCUGGCAGCCGUCAGAAGGAUCUGUGAGGAGUAUAAAGAGGCCAAAGUCGAGUUCAAGAAGCUGGACCUCGCCUCUUUGCAGUCUGUCCAUCAAUUUGUCCAACGCUUCAAGCAGCAGGGCCUGCCACUAAACAUUCUUAUCAAUAAUGCGGGUGUCAUGCUGGUUCCCGAGUGCCGCACUGAAGAUGGAUUUGAGCAGCACUUCGGGGUGAACUACCUGGGUCACUUCCUGUUGACCUGGCUGCUCCUGGACACACUGAAGGAUUCUGGGAAGUGUGGUCACUUCUCUCGUGUGGUCAACGUCUCCUCCUCCGCCCACCGCAUCGGCGAGGUCCGACUUAACGAUUUAAACAGCCGCCAGUGUUAUUCAGCUCAUGCUGCUUACUGUCACAGUAAACUGGCCCAGCUGGUAUUUAGCUCCCACCUCCACCAGGAGCUGCAGUACGGAGGCUUCCCAGUGACUUCAUGUGCUGUGGACCCUGGCAUGGUGGACACUGCUCUCUACUGCCACCUCUGGAAGCCCCUCCACCUGGCACACAGCGCCCUAGCUCCCCUGCUUCUGAAGACCCCUGUAGAGGGCGCUGCCACUGUGUUGCACGCUGCCCUAUCACCAGCCCUGGAGGGGGAGUACGGAGAAGGCUACUGGUCCAAUGGGUGCAGGGAGAUGACAACACCCCGGACCUUUGACCCCCAGCUCAAGCUGAGCCUCUGGGAGACCAGCCUCCAGUUACUGGGACUGCAGUAGCAAGAUAACCACGGGCGACCAACAGGACUAAGUAAACGUCAGACACAGACCCUUAACUCGGACGAACCCGCCGCUUUCCUCUUCCUCCUCCUCCCUUCUUUUCUGUAUUUUUUUCUCUGUCCAUAUCUCACAUCGAGGUGUUUGUAGCGAUUUAUUUUGACGAUCUUGCAAUCCACCGCUGGACUGUGAUUGGUUAUUUGGGAAGGCAAGACCUUGUUUUUGUUCCAGACCUGCCAAAGAAGGGCUACAGGGGACGGAAGACAUGUUUUUUGUUUGUCACUGUGAGCGAGCUAACAUACGCACAUGUGUAAACACACUUGAGGGUUAGAUGGAUAUAUGAUUUUGCGGUCAUAGAUACUGGGAAGUUGACAUCGGAUUAUUUCCUGAUUUUUAGCAAAUCUAGCCAGAGAAACUACGUUGACGUAUUCAAAAAACCCACAAUGACACCUGCUCCACUCUGCCUUAAUGUCAUUACUCUGGAUUUCAAUAAAGACUUUCAAAAUACUUAAAUAGUUUUUCAGAGGUUUUACAAUGCAGUUAUUUAAUUAUUAUUACAUUAAAUUCUUGUUUGAGUAUGGAAAUAGAUUAAAAAGCAAAAUUCUGGUUCUAUACUAGCUGCAAAAUCACAUGUCGGUCAAACCCUCACAUACACAAACACAAACACAUACUCAUACACCAUCAAAAUUAUUAGAUUCUUCAGAUCUGAACCCAACUUGCUGUGGGCGGAGGAAUAUGAUGUCAUCACUUUGCUUUCACACAUCGUAAUGCUUUUCGCAGCUCAUGUUUCCAUCCCCUCCCGUUUUACUGGGAGCACCUUGUUCUUUUUGUAACACCCUUGUGCUUUUACUGGUUACUGCUGUACUGAGUCCUCAUGUUAACUGCUGGUCGUAGUUGUGUGUGAUAAGUUGUGUUUUGAGGAUGCUGGGAAAACGUCAUCAUCAGCUCCUCUGUCCUUUGUCCCUCUUCAACUCAGCAAUCCAACAAAAGACAUUCCUACAGACUGAAGGGGGAUACGGGAAAACCCUGAAAUACAGAAGAGUAAAAGUAGGGCAGAUUUGGAACGAUUUCCUCUGUAGACUUGACAAUGACACGUUUCUGUAUUUGUCUGCUCAGAAACAAAGAAAAUGGAAGGAGGCAGAACCAAUCCCCACCUUGCUCUGAGUCUGUCCCGGUUUUCCUUUGUGAUCAGUGUUAAUCGGUUUUACUGCGCCUGUGAUAAAUGUGUUUGUGCUUUAUGCACGAGUUAAGCAUCGACUCAUGCUAUAGACCCAAAUCAAAGAUAGCACAACAAUGGCCGGUCCAGGAGGAACAGCAACAGAAAGGAGAGUGAGGGAAAUCAAAUUUUUUCCAUAAUUCAAGCUGUGUUGGUUCCUCAUUGCUGCUGCUGCUGCGUCUGCUUCUGCUUCCUCAUUUGGCGCCGCUCCCAGUGCAUUGUGGGAUUGAGAUUUCCCAGUGGUGAGAAUCAAACUCCAUCUGCCGAGCUGACACACUCACUCUCAAACAUUGGAUGCAGUACUGUAUAUCCAGGCCCAGGCUUAUCUAAACAAGCACACAGCAUGUCUGUCUCUCAUUCAGGAAAACACUCCUACACACACACGCAAAGAUAUAACACACAGCCAUAACGCCAUUGCCACUGUGAUUAACCAUUUUAGCUGUGAAGAUGAAAAGUUUUAUCUCAAACUGACCAGAUUUGGCUGAAAACCCUUCCACCACGUGCCAUCCCAUCGCUGUAUCUGUUGGAUGUGUGUGUUGUUGCUUUUUACACUGCCACCAAGCGUCCAGCGUUCAUUAUGAUCUGCCGUAUGUGAAGCAAUAGCAUCACUGUGGUACUGUAGCUCAUUCAGCCAGUAGCACAGAGCAGGACAUUCAGACCCAGGACCAUGAGAUUCUAUCAAAGAAAAACAAAAACAGCGUCACGUUACGUAAAUAUCACAAAUUCAGAAUUUCUUUGGUGACAGUAAUGUGCAUUCUUUACAAUUAUAUUUAAAAGAUGUCACCAAUUUCAAAACCAGUUUGACGACCUGUAAUUGGUCUGGUUUGUGUGAUAUGAUUACCAGUGAUGGCUCCCAUUAGCACAUGGACCUGGUAGAAAUGACAUGAUCAUAUAAUUUGACCAAGAUUACCUAAAAGCUCCAUUAAGCAGCCAACCAUUAGUUAAUGGACUGUAGGGUCAUGUGCUGUUAUAUUUGAACAUGGACUCUGUGGGUCCAUUUUUAGACUAAUGCAUUGUCCAUGUUAUAAAGAGUCGAAGAGGGCAGUGUUGUUUAUGACAGAUCUAGGCUGGUAGGAGAUGUGCAUGUCUGUUCUGGUUUUCAGACGUAUUCAGGCAAAUACAUCAAAUAUUUAUAUUAUAUAUAUAUUAUAUAACAGCAUAAUAACUGUUACUUGGAUAAUAAUAUGAAUCAACUUGUACAUGUGGGAACCUGAUAACUAUGAUGUCACAGGAACGCAGCAUAACUAGCAAAACACAUCACACCUUGAAUUGAUUCUGAUUGGCUCUCAUUAUAGAGGCACUACAAUGUGGCCAAUCAGGACCAUGUGUUGUAUGUGGCAUGGGUGGAACCUCCACCAGCAGAUUUACCUCAUUCGAAUGAGAGUUAGAUUUUUCAGCCAAUCAGGGUUCAGUCUGACGAGAACUCAGAUUCAGUUAAAUUCAGCUUUUAGUGUAACUACGUUACUUUUGCAAAAUAUCACGAAUGGAAAUCCAACAGAAUAAAAUGGGACAUUUAAAAUUCUAAUUUAAAGCAAUCAUGAGUUAGAUUAGUUUUUCUAUUGUAGCAGUCAUGUGGGAACUGACUGUAAAUGCCAGCAAUACUCUUCAGUUUUUAAGAUGUUAUUUUUUGGGUCGUCUAACUGCUCAUUGCCUCGGUGCUUCCUUGUUUUACUGUGGAUCCUUGAGGCUCCUGUAGAGUACUGACAAAAUAACCAACAACCAAACUUAGUUCUCAAGUGAAACAAACGUGCGUGUGUCCCCUUCACACAAAUGACAAACACCAGCUUACCACUCAGCAGCACUCAUUUAACGUACAAGGCUCCGGUGCGAGCUACGUCCCGUCACAGAGCUACCGUGCUUUCCCACAAUCCAGCUGCUAUGAUAGAUGUUAUUUAAAAAAGCAAACCUAAGUGGGGGGGCGUCUGCACACAAGAUUUUCCUUGUUCUUGUUAUGUCAGCUUAACGAGAAGAGGAGUGGGGGGGGUCUAAAUUAUCGAUGAUUACCUUGUUAUAUAUUUAGCGGACUUGUCAAGAACUCUGCGCAGACGGGACAGCACAGUGAACUUUCUGAACUUGAAUUGCAAAUAUAGAAGAAGAGCAACAUAAAAAAAAAAAAGAAACAUCUCAAGUGACGUUCCGUGAUAUUGUCUGUAUGUUAUCUACUCGUAAAAUUUCAAAAAGCCGCUGGACGUGGACCAGUGGAGCUGUAUGUUGACUAAAAACGCUCUAAUAGCCAUUCUUCUGACUGACCUGGGAUUACAUUUAUAUUAAAUGUUCUGGUCCCAAGUUCUGCGAUUCCCUAAAUGUGUAUAUGUAAAGGAAGAGAUCAUAUAAAGACGUAUACAGUGGGAAGGUUUCCAGAUGAACUGAGUCCUUACUCUGGAGCAGGUAUGAGAAAACACAUGCAGACAUUUUUCUGUCCUUUCAUCUUUUUAUGCAUGGGCCCGUACACCAUUUUCUCCUUUUGCUAUGAGUGCGACCUUUAGCUCGAGACCCUGCGGGGGGGCCGCAGAAGGCAGAUGUUCCCACCUCAAAUCCAGUGUAAACAUUCAGUCCAUCUGGGCGCCAGAGGAUUUCCUGAAGAUGUUUUUAUUUUCUAAAUCGUUAUUUUGUCGUUGUUGAGAUUUAAUACAUUUUAUUGCUUUUGCUGUGCCUAUGAAGAAAAUCUCCCUCAUACGUGUGUAUACUGUGAAAUUUUUCCAUGUAGAAAUGAGCUCGUAGAAACUGUGAUACUGUCUCGUCCUGUGCAUUUUGCUGUAAGUUCUUUCUUCUCGAGUGAAGGGAAUGAAGAGUGUGUGCGUGUGUGUGUGUGCGUGCGUGCGUGCGAGUGUGUGUGUCUAGAUUAGGGAGUCCAUGUCCAUGUUUUUCGUCGAUGGUUGUGACAUUCCAGCAGCAGCCACCACCUUUUCUAUUAUCCAAAGCCUCUCAAUAAACAUAUCAUUGUGCCA